AAAAGUACGCUUCACGAAACAGACAGUUCGGACUCUACUCUGCAGACAGAUAUGAACUAACUACUAAACAAGGAUAUUUUACCAUGACACAUAUUUAUUACCGAUGAAAUCAAAUGACUACCGCAUAGUUUCCAUAGUACUAGUGAUUUAAAUUGAUCAUUAUGGCGACAUCGCCCAGUUAUUCUGCUGGAUUUGUUCUCGGCAUUGAUCUGGGCACGACGUCUGUAAAAGUCGUGCUUCUGGAUGCCCAGUCAAAGACAGUGACAGAUUGCGCGAGUUUCCCCACAAACUCCGACAUCACCUGCACACAAGACACUCAUGCAAAAGAGCAGGAUCCUGUACUAAUAAUCGCCGCUCUGGACCGAUGCAUGGAUGCUUUACCCAAAGACAAGUUGCAAAAAGUAAAGCGUAUUGGAAUAUGUGGGCAAAUGCAUGGCAUUUUGCUGUGGAAAUCAAACGCAGGUUGUGAAUGGCUGAAGACAGAUGCAGUCACUAGAUACAUUCCUAAAGGCAUAAGUCAGCUGAUCACCUGGCAGGAUGGGCGAUGCAGCAAAUCCUUUCUUUCUUUUCUGCCUCUACCAGACUCCCACAUGAGUGUAGCCACAGGCUUUGGUUGUGCAACCAUCUUCUGGUAUAAGAUCAACAGGCCGAAGUUCCUGUCAGGUUUCAAUGUGGCAGGCACCAUCCAAGACUAUGUAGUUUCCAUGCUGUGUAACCUUGACAAUUGUGUCAUGACUGCACAAAAUGCCGCCAGCUGGGGCUACUUCAACACAACCACCAACCAAUGGAACGAAAAUAUUCUUCAGACUACUGGUUUUCCUGUGCACCUCUUGCCUGCAGUGGUAAAGUCAGGAGCUGUCGCUGGUCACACUUGUUCUGAAUGGUUUGGCAUCCCUCCUAAAACACCUGUAGGGGCAGCGCUAGGAGACUUGCAGUGUAGUGUAUAUUCAUGCAUGAUUGACACAGGAGACGCAGUUCUCAAUAUGAGCACUUCAGCCCAGCUAACGUUCGCCAUGCCUGCUGAGUUCUGCCCACCGAGCUCUCCGGACCCCCUCUCCUCUGUUGCUUAUUUCCCGUACUUCAACGGAUCUCAUCUGGCAGUGGCUGCGUCUCUUAAUGGAGGCAAUGCCAUGGCAACAUUUGUCAGAAUGUUGGGAUCAUGGAUGAAGGAAUUUGGAUUAGAAGUGAGUGAGUCCACAAUCUACUCCCAGCUGAUCCAGUCUGCCCUGACACAACCUAAAACUGACCUAGUUGUGUCCCCGACACUGUUAGGAGAACGGCAUGACCCCACCGCCCUCGCUAGUGUCUGUCAAAUCUCACCCAAUAACCUCUCACUGGGUCACGUGACUCGGGCCGUGUGCAGGGGCAUUAUUCAGAACUUGGCAAAUAUGAUGCCCCUUCAAAGUCUACAGGCUGCAGGUGUGAAGAGAAUUAUUGGUAGUGGCAGUGCUCUAUCGUGUAAUACUGUUCUGCAACAGGAAGUUGAAGCAGUAUUUCCGUUACCUGUAGUCUACGGAAAAGAUGUGGACUCAGCUGUUGGGGUUGCCAUGGUGUUCAAUGAUCAAAUAUAGAAGAGACACCAUGCAGCUGGGAUGUAAAGAUAGUUUCAAAGAUAUUUGGCCAUUUACAAGCUUAUUUACUGUUUAUUGGUUGGAUACAAGGAAAGAAGGCUAAAUUCUCCCUUAAGAUCAUCUCUGGGUUAUCACAGAAAAAUGUCAAAUAUGACAUAUAUAAUAUACCCUAUAGUUAAUACCACUAUAAUUUAUACUAGCUAACAACUAGCGCUUUACAAAUACAUUUUAAAGGGAUAGUUGGUAACACUUUACGGUAAUGGUACAUGAAUUAUCAUGAAUUCAUGUAUAAAUUCAUGCAUGAAAUAUGCAUUCAGUUAUGCAUUAAUAUCUCAUGAAUCAUCAAGAACUAACACGAGUUCAACGUCUUUCAUUCAUGACUUCAUGGAUGAACAACACCUUAAUUAAAACAUUAACUAAGAGGAGUACAUCAUCAUGAAUUAUGAUUUAUUACACAUGAUCAUGAGGUUUUCUUUGUUCACAAAAAAAUCGGUCUUCACCACCCAUGGUGGAUAAAGCUACAGUAGUGGUGGUACAUAAAACAUCAUAUAUUCCACUAUUAACUAAGCAUUAACUAUCAAUGACUUCAUCAUGUGUGUGGCCCCUCAACUAAAGUGGUGACUUGGUGCUUUGAAACACUUAUGAACAAUGUGGCAUAACUGGGAACAUACAAAUUCUGUGGGCAUUCAAAUAAAGUGGUAUACACUUUAUAUCCAAAUGUCAUUAUAUCAUUAUGAUUAGGGUUUAGUUACUCUUUAAAUAUGGUUAUUUCUACGACAAAACCGCAUUGAUUACCUUCAGAAGGCCUUUGUUUAUCCCCCUGGAGCUGUUUGGAUUACUUUUGUGAAGAAUGGAUGCACAUUUUUUGGACUUGAAGAAGGUGGACCACACAUCUUUAUAUUUUAUGAACUAAAAGAUCUAGGACUGGAGGUCGUCUUGGAUCCAAAGAAAUGUACCUGACAUCUUGUUCAAGAUGUUUGUUUUGAUUUAAAAAGUCAUUUCAGGUUUUUAAAACCUAAAGGAGCCUUUUAAUCUUUCUGCCAACUUACUGUUUAAUGUUUGGUGGUCUUUCAGUACAUCUUUUCAAGGAACCUUUAGUUUUUUUACAGUUACUGGGAAAACUGCUCAAUCAAUUAGGCUACCUUAAAUUUAAUGUUUCGUCAUUGGACACCAUAACCUCAAGCAUUUGCUAAAUUGAUAAUUAAGUGGCAAAAUUAAAAUUUUACCCUAUUUCUGGUCAUUCAUUUCAACUAUCUCUGUUGCAGUGUAUUAAGUGAUUUGCUGUAUUUUAUAACUGUAUUUUUUAAACAAUAUUUCAGAAUUACAUUCCAUGACUGAGUGAAAUUAUAAAACAAAUGUUUACAAUGUUCAGAGUAAUAAUGUCACCCUGCAUGGGAAAAACAGGCUAAAAUCUUAUAAUCUAAUUAUAAGAUAAUGAGCAUCAAAGUUGGAUUUUAACCAUUGAUUUCACAUUGAUUAAAAUGUAUGUUAAUAAAGAGGUGCAUGGGGAAUUCUUAACCAUAUGCAUACCAAAACACAACUGCAUGCAAUGUUUUGAAAACAUUUUGCGUGUUUGUGCAACUAAACCGCAUCGCAUGUGUGAAUGCAUACCGCCUCGCUGUGCUUCAAUAAUUUAGUAUCAUACAGGAAACCAUGCAUGCUAUGAAAAUGGCAUUGCUCAAUACCACCACAAUCUUACUUGUCUAAUGCAGCUGAGUGCUGGGUGUGUCAGAUAUACAUCUCAACUAAACAAUACAAAACCAAAACAAACUGCUGCUUUAAGCAUAUAUGUAAUAUAUGUAUUCCAGCACAUAAUUAGAUGACUUUUGUUUGGGAUAGUUAACAUUAUGGAAAAGUUUCACUAGAUAAAAGGUAUUUCCAGAAGAUUUUUGCCACCUAAUUGGGCAUUCAGUCUACAGUACACUCUUAAAAAUAAAGAUGCUUAAAAGGUUCUUCACACAGUGAUGCCAUAGAAAAAACAUUUUUGGUUCCUCUAAGAACAAUUUAGUCAAAGUUUUCUUCAUUUAGACAAAAGAUGCUUCUUUUAUGGCAUUGUGAAGCACCUUUAUUUUUAAGAGUGUAUUGUUUGGUGCACAUGUACCAUUGAAUGAUUAUAAACAUGGA